AUGCCUAUCAACGUUGCGCGGAACAUCCGCGUGCCUACCUCGGCACCAAAAAAACAGCCCAUACAGUUUUUACGUAGCAAGUCGACUGUACCAGGCUCCAUCUUCGAAGCAAAAGCCCGCAUCAAUGCUCGUCGUUCAUCAUCGCAGGCGACGACGCCCGCACCAAGCGUACGGCCCGCUCCUGCACCACAGUUCCAACAGCGUCCCACAAGGAAUAACGUCCGCGAGCCAACUCCGCUUGUAAGGCAAACCGCCCAUGAAGUCCUUGAUUCAUCCUUCGUCGGCAUGUCUGGCGGUCAGAUUUUCCAUGAGAUGAUGCUUAGGCAUGGCGUCAAGCAUAUUUUCGGUUACCCAGGCGGUGCUAUCCUUCCCGUCUUCGAUGCUAUCUACAACUCAAAAUAUUUCACUUUUGUCCUGCCACGACAUGAGCAAGGAGGUGGACAUAUGGCAGAGGGCUACGCUCGUGUAUCCGGCAAACCUGGUGUCGUUCUUGUUACUUCAGGCCCAGGCGCGACCAAUGUCGUGACGCCGAUGCAGGAUGCAUUGAGCGAUGGUGUACCGAUGAUCGUGUUCUGCGGACAGGUAGCUACAUCUGCUAUCGGUUCGGAUGCCUUCCAAGAGGCAGAUAUCGUUGGAAUCUCGCGGAGUUGCACCAAAUGGAACGUCAUGGUAAAGGAUAUCGCUGAGCUUCCUCGACGUAUAAAUGAGGCAUUUGUUAUUGCGACAUCUGGACGACCUGGGCCCGUUCUUGUUGAUUUGCCGAAGGACGUAACAGCCAGCAUCCUGCGUACUCCUCUCCCUUACAAGGUCACCACACCUGGCUCUCCUCUUGGUCUUCCCUCGAAUCCGCUUCAAUCUAUGCAACCUCCGAUCGAUAUGCCUCUGAUCCAGCAAGCCGCUGACCUCAUCAACAAGGCAAAAACCCCGGUGAUCUACGCUGGUCAUGGCGUUCUCUCUUCCCCUCUCGGUCCCAAAUUGCUCGCUCAGUUGUCUAGGGAAGGUCAUAUACCUGUAACUACGACCUUGCUCGGUCUCGGGUGUUUCGACGAGACGGAUGAACAACGCAGUUUGCAUAUGCUCGGUAUGCAUGGAAGCCCAUAUGCCAACAUUGCUAUGCAGAGUGCCGAUGUCAUCAUCGCUCUCGGUGCUCGCUUUGACGAUCGUGUAACGGGGACGAUUGACUCAUUUGCGCCCACUGCACGUGAAGCUGCUCUCCAAGGCCGAGGAGGUAUCAUCCACUUCGAGAUUCAACCGAAGAACAUCAACAAGGUCGUUGAAGCGACUGUACCCAUUCUCGGCGACGUCAUCUCCAACCUCGCCGCUCUCGUACCUCUCAUAAGAUCUUCGAACCCGCGUACGGACUGGUUUGCACAGAUCGCGGCGUGGAAGAAAAAGUAUCCAUUUACAUACGUUAAGAGCAAGCAGGGUGAUUGUGCGAAGCCCCAGGAGGUCAUUGAAGAGCUCGAUAAACAGACAAGGGACAAGAAAGAUAAGGUGGUGGUUUCUACUGGUGUUGGUCAGCACCAGAUGUGGGCUGCACAGUUCUUCCGGUGGAGGACACCAAGAUCCUUGGUGUCCUCCGGUGGUCUGGGCACCAUGGGUUUCGGUCUUCCUGCGGGUAUCGGUGCCAAAGUCGCAGCUCCCGAAAAAAUCGUCGUCGACAUCGACGGCGACGCCUCCUUCAGCAUGACAGCAAUGGAGCUCCAAACCGCUUCACAAUACAACAUCGGUAUCAAAGUCAUCAUCCUCAAUAACGAAUUCCAAGGGAUGGUUCUCCAAUGGCAAGACCUCUUCUACGACGCUCGGUACUCUCACACGAGAAUGACGAACCCUGAUUUCGUAAAACUCGCCGAGUCGAUGGGCGUUAAAGCCAUUCGCGUGCAUAACGCUCAGGAACUCCCGCAGAAGAUGAAAGAGUUCCUUGAGUAUGAUAAUUCUCGACCGGUGCUCAUGGAAUGCCUUGUUGAGACGAACGAACAUGUUUUCCCGAUGGUACCUGCUGGGAAGGCUCUACAUGAGCAGAUCUUACAUCCGAUGUUGGCUGGAGCAGCAGCAUCAGAAAAGGCGUAA